AUGAUCUAUAAAAUAAACUUCCCAGUUGUAUUUUCAGUUUUUGAAAUUCCUGUUUAAAACUAAUGCUUGUAAAAGAAUUUGUUUUAUUAUGGAUAUGGACCUGGAGUCUAGGAUCAAUCAGAUUUUGGGAAUCGCCGUAAGUUACAUCAAAGUUAAAGAUGAAACUGAAGCCUUGUGUUUGGUGCACCAUAGGUGGUUAGAUGAACUCAUCAGUCACAAAAAUGUUCCUUCAACAUUUCCUCUACAUGAUAAACUAAGUGAUACUGAAGUCAAAAUUUUAUUGCAUCAAUCUUCAACUACUGUUGUUCCACCAUGGAGUUUAGUGUCAGUUCAGCUAGUUUUAAAAAGGAAAGGAAAUGUGCGAAGAAUAUCUUGGGUUCAGCAAAAUAAGCAACGCAAACAACAAUCCAGCCCUGAAAAUCUGACUUAUUCUCAGCUUAUUCAUUAUGUAAUGGAAACUAACUAUCGUAACACUUGGAAAGAAGCUUCUACUAGAUAUCAAGGUAUUGAACAACAGAAACAACUAAAAAUUGCUGAAUAUGAGAGCUAUAAUCAGGCUGUACAAGAUGCUAUCCAGAAACUUUAUGGAUGUCCAAUAGUUAGAACUGGUAGUUCUUUUCAGGAUACUGAUUUUGAAACUUCCCACCUUGAAAACUGUUCUGUACAGACUUCUAGUGAAAAUGGAAACUGUCACCCAAACAUUGUUUCAGCAUUGUGUGCUGUGGAGAGUGAAGCCUGCUUCUGUAUUAUCCAAAGACAUAAUGCUUUUAGUUUACAAGAUUGUGUGAGGUUUAGCCCUGCAGUAUUGGGUAGUUCUUCGUCUCGGUGUUUAUUUGUAGUAUACCAACUUUUACAUGUGAUUCGUACACUCCAUGACUUGGGACUACAUCUUGGAGAAAUCACUUUGGCAGAUGUAGGCAUCAAACAGAACUUGUGGAUAUCUGUGACACCUCGACCGUGGCCAUACUUAUGGCAGGAAGCCGAGGACUUUGAAAGAAAGCUAGGAUCUAGAACAGAAAACACUCAAGCUUCUUAUGAUGAUAAACUUUCCAUUACAUUUUCACAUUCCACCAAACCAUAUGACAUUCCAUGUAGUAUAGUACAACACAGUGAGGUUAAAGGAGAAGAUUCCCUUCACUAUAAAUGUACAAAUAGAGCUGUAGAUUGCCCAUAUUGCAAAAAACAAAGUACUGAAAAAGUAUUAUUCAACAAAGUUGAAUAUCUUAAUACACUUGUAGACCAUUGGGUUCGUGGAUGGUUAACUAAUUUUGAUUACUUGAUGGAGUUGAACAAGUUGGCUGGAAGAGAAGUUGGUAAUCCUCAGUAUCAUGCUGUUUUACCUUGGAUCAUGGAUUUUUCUAUCCCAGUGGGAGGUUGGCGAGACCUCUCCAAAUCUAAGUUCCGUCUAACUAAAGGUGAUACCCAGCUUGAUCUGACUUAUGAAUCUGCAGUUAGCCAUUCCAUCUAUACCAGUAGUAGCACAAGAAAUUUUGAACUUGUUGGCAGUGUUUCUCAGGUUCCUCAUCAUGUAUCAGAUGUCCUCUCUGACAUUACUUAUUAUGUAUAUAUGGCUAGAAGAAUGCCUAAAUCGAUUCUUUGUCAGCAUGUUCGUUCCAAGUGGGUACCCGGUGAAUAUCCCAGUUCGGUUCAGCGGUUACAGGAGUGGACCCCUGAAGAAUGCAUUCCUGAAUUUUAUACUGAUCCUAUCAUAUUUUAUUCCAUUCAUGAUGACCUUCCUGACUUGGGAGUUCCAUGGUGGUGUGAUGAUCCUGAAGACUUUAUUGAAAAACACAGAGCUGCUCUAGAAAGUGACCAUGUUUCAGAGAAGCUUCAUCAUUGGAUUGAUCUUACAUUUGGUUAUCGGUUAUCAGGAAGUGCAGCUGUUAAGUCAAAGAAUGUAUUCUUGCCCCUUGUGGACCAACACACAACUAUUGUGAACAAUGGCAUGGUUCAGCUUUUUACUCACCCUCAUCCACAUAAGCUUACACCUUCUUAUUACCUUAGUAGAACUGCUCCAAAAACCUUUAGAUUACCCUCUCAAAAGUUAUUAUUUCCUGCAAUAGCUAAGAAGAAAACAGUUGCAGACAACACAGAGAAAGAAAGUGGAAGCGACCCUAAGGAGAGUGGAGAUGAAGACAGUUUGUCAGAAGGAGGAAGUAAAGUUCCAAGAAGACUUAGUUUGAUGAGAAGUAAACCAAGCACACCCCAAUUUGCAACGGAGGUAUCAAAAGGGGACUUUCGUCCUGAGAAUCAAACAGUUGUUCUUCCUAAAGACUACAACCCUCUGGCUGCUUUAAAUCAAUUAGAAUCCCUGUACUCCUUCACAGAACGAACCAUGAACACGGUACCAUCAGCUGAUAAGUCACAGAGUGAAGAAGAAGAAAAAGAUCGUCCACACCAUAGAAGAAGUCGGGAUAUGAAAGUACUAGGGUGCUUGAUUGCAGAGAUUGUGCUAUCAUUCCGUUUAAGAAUUUUACCAAAGAAAGUUCCUCUUGAUGAAAGGUACUCCUUCAUUCAAAGGCAAAUGAAAGCUUAUUUUCAUGAAGUACCAAGGUGUUUUCACUAUGUGCUAAAACUGUUAUUGCAAGUUGACCUGAAUGAACAAGAAACCAAGCCUGGAGAAAAGAUCUCUAAUGGGAUGUUUUACUACCCAUCUGUAACCUCUGAUGGCCUUCCACCACCAUCUGCUCAUCAGCUUUUACAGCCACUUAUAUGCAUCCUCCCUUUUCCAUCAUCUUUUCCAAUCUUUUAUUCAUACCUUUGUCAAAUUAACAAAUAUUUUAGUAUUUUAAACUCCACUGUUGCUCUUUCUGUUCCUUCGGAUACAGAUGAUAAAGAAAUUCAGUCAUCAGCUGAAGCUGUCAUCAUCCUAACAGCAAAGACAUUACCAACUCUUCUUCCUAAGUUAAAUCCAGAGGGGCUUGAUAUACUGGCACCAUAUUUGCAGGAAAUAUUUGAAGGAUCAAAAACUUCUCUUUUAGCUUCUUGGCACCUAUUUAGUGUCAUUGCACAAGAACUUGGACCUCAACAGACUGUCCAGAAACUCUUACCAACUUUGACUCGACUCUUUGACCCUGAUGUUCCAUCUCAAAAACACUUGAAACUGUACCAUCGGUCCUAUCUUCUUCAGCUAAUUGUUAGGCUUGGACUCCAAACAUUUCUGGCACAUUUUACAACUGUACUUAUUGAAGCCAUUGGAGGAUAUCGAGACUUUUUUUCUGGUGAAACUCAAAGGAUGCGAGGUGUUGAUGUGCCUGAUAUUGUCACUAGAAAGGGUUCUCACCUUCAUUCUCCAGAACUAGAACAGCUUGUCCCGGACACUCUUGAGUGUGAUGAGACAGGAUUAGUGCUAGAUGAACCUCUGUCACCUUAUGAUGAUGAUUCAUCUCAAACAGAAAGCCACCCUCCUGAAAUGAAAAACAAUGGAAAUGCUACUGAUGCAGAACCUGAGAUCUUUGUCUUAGAUAAUCAUAGUGAAGAGCAAGAGAGUGAACAAUCUAAGUGUUAUCCUGAGAUCCAUGAAACUUUUGAAGACUCUGGAGAAAGUACAGAGAAUGGUUUUAGUAGAUAUAUUAAGAAAGAGCUAGAAAACUGGGAACCAGUAGACAAUCUAGAGCAAGAUGAGAGUGGGAAAGAACAACCAGAUGAUGAUGAUGCCACAAGUGGAGAAGCUGAUGCUCAGAAUCAAACUCUAUUACCAAAACUAGAGUCAGAAGACAAGAUAUCAGCUUAUUCAUCUUCAGUACCAAACCUACCUUCCACUUUUUGUCAUUGGCCACCAGAAGAAGCUCAGGGAGAUGACAAGAAAACACCACCUAGUGAAAGCUUUGAAGUGGAAGGUUUGAUCUCUUCAGAACCUAAAGAAGUCACACCAACCAAGAAGCUUACCCCAUGUUUAAGAAUAACUGACAGCUUACAAGACAAACCCAGACCAUUACCACCACAAUAUAACAUUUCUGAUGUGGCUGCAGAGAGUGUGAUAUGGUUAGCACAUCGUCUUGGGCCAGUACUUACUGCAAAGUAUUUAACUCGGAACUUGGUCAGAAUGCUAACUUUGUGUUAUGUCGGACCAGAGCAGUUAACAUCUGUAGAAAAAUUGGGAAAAGAAGAUAUACAAUCACAAAAUCUCACUAUUAGUAAAAAGUGGGUUCUUGGGGAUGAGAGUGCUUCCAAGGUGCUGGAGUGUCUUUCUGCAACUGCAGCAUUGUAUGGAGAACAUUUCAUUAUUCUGCAGUACCUUCCUCAUGUAGCAGACUUGGUAAGCAGUGUAACGAAGGUUUCUCUCUGUAAACGAAGACUUACAGAAACUUUGGAAGCUGGUCUGAUUGGUGCUAUGGCUUUGGUAGUACACAUUAUUCCUUAUCUAUCUGAUUCUACAUUAAUGGACCAACUGCAGGAUGUUAUCAUUAAAGACAUCAUUUAUCCUGUAGUUCGACUAGUUUCUUCUCUUCGAAUCACUUUUCCUCGAGGUGUUCAAUCUAGAACCAUUGUCACACAUAAGCUCAUAGACAGUCUAUAUAUGCUUGGACUUCGUAUAGGAUUCGAGAUGACCCGUAAAUAUUUGUCAUUAGUACUCCAAAGGUUUUUUGCUUCAUUUGAUCGAGCUUAUGAAAACCAUGAAAAUAAUGAUAAACUUGAGCUGUCAACCUCAAAUACUUUUCUCUUUGGAGGUACUCCUCAGUCUGCUGAAGACUACCUGGAGAUCAAGAAAAAUUCACAAACCAAUGAAUAUACAAUUGGCACUCCUGUUCGCAUCAGUAACUUGAUAAUUGGAAGUAAAACAUCCAUUGAUAGCUUAUCACCACCAACAAAAGAAGAAAAACCAACCACAAGUGACACUUUAAAUCUUCAGACACCAAACACUAAAGGGGAAAAGUCUUCUCCCUCAAAUCCAAUCCGAGCAAAAGCCUUAGAAGAAAUUAAACAAGUCUUCACGCCUGAAUUAGCAUAUCUCUCAUACAUUCCAUUUUGUAAGUUAGCUGGAGGAAUCCAUAUGGAACAGACCUUGAAAAAUGAUGAGUUGAUCCGGCACCUUUGUAUGACAUACGACAAUGAAAUAUCCAAUGAAGCAUCAGGUCUUCAUUCCUCCGAUGAGACAGAAAAGUUGUCAAAGAGUCAUCAGAGGAUGCCCUCUUUAGGCCUGGAGGAAGGUAUAGCAAGUGGAGAGUUUGGCAAAAAUGUUGCUAUUGUUGGAAAUCGUAUUGACAUUCAGCUUGGUGAAGAGAGCCAUCUGGUAGUGGGAGGAGAAAAACUAGUUACUUCAGCCAUGUCAGAGAAUACAAGGACUGCAGAGAUGCCAAAAUUUGACAUUAGUAUGAUUAUGAAAAAAAUGGACAACAAUCAACGACACCUGAAAGGAAAUUGGCUAGCUUAUUGGGAACAUGAAAUUGGACGUAGUGACAAAGAUUUUAAGUUCAACUUUAAACAAAUUAAAUUACAGGCUUUCACAGGUCACACAGGUGGAGUUCGAGCCAUUGAAAUCUUGGAUAAUGAGAAUUCUUUUCUCACUGGGAGCAAAGAUAAAACAGUAAAAUUAUGGGCAUUACGAAGUUGUGGAGAUGGAAACACAUUAUCUUCAUGUCAGUGGACCUACCUUCAUCACAAAAAGUCUGUAUUUAGUGUUACUUUCUUGGAGUCACUUCGACUUGUGGGCUCCUGUGACAGUACAGUUCAUAUUUGGGACCCUUUUGUAGGAACCUGCUUAAAACAGUUGGAUUCUAGUAAAGCAACUCCUGUGACUGUUCUAUCAGCAAUGCCUGCUCCUAGUACCACUUUAUUAGCUGCAACCAGCAACUCCACUAUUCGGUGUCUUGACACAAGAACAUGCAGUUACAUGCAUGAGUUCAAGGUCAGUCUUGGUCCUGCAGGUGUUAUUCGAACAAUGGCAGUCAGUCCAAAUGGAAAUUGGUUGGCUGUUGGUCAUUCAUCAGGUGUUCUCUCUGUCCUAGAUGUUCGGACGGGGAUGUUAUUUGGAUCCUGGGUUGCACAUGAGAAUGAGGUCCUUCAGGUGAAAGCAUUCAACAGUAAGUAUUUUGUCUCUUCUUCUUUGGAUCAUUCACUGACUGUGUGGAGUGCAGAGGACACAAAGACAAAAUGUUAUCUCAGAGGAUCUUCAGAACCUGUGACCUGCCUGAACUUCUACAAAAGUGAAGUAAUCACUGGAACAACAGCAAACAGAGUUGGAAUAUACUCUUCCUUAAACAGUCAAGCUUCUCUCUCUUCAACAAGACUUCGAUCCGAUACUUUUAAAGGGGUUCUGACAGCAAUGGCCGUCCUUCCGCUCAACCGUCUGCUUUUAUUGGGGGCAGAUAAUGGAUUAGUAUCUCUCUUUUGUUAAUAAUUGAUUUUUAUCAUGUGAAUCGUCAAACUUCUGAUUUUGAACUGGUAGAGGUUUUGUUGACAUAAUCCAAAGGUCAUAAUAUCUGUGUAUGUUCUCUGUUUACUAUGUAUUCAUUGAGAACUCAUUUGGUAACACAAUACAACUACAUAACUUCUUUUUUCUUGUAUCUUUUGUUUUGUGCUAGAGGUAUAAACCAUGUAAAGUAUAACGGUGAUAUUCUAGAAAAAAUAAGUGGUUUUAAAAAGAGGUGCCACUUUAUUUGAAAGAUGUGUUUGGAAAUCUUCAUCAAGGAGCUGUAUAUCUGUGUUUAGCAAUUGGAUAGAGUAAUGAAAACAAACCAAAAUACCAAGCUAUCUGAUUUACACUUUAAAAUUUUCUGAUUGUUAUGAGAUUAUGUAUAUAUAUGCGAGAAGGUUUUUUGUAUAAUUAUCCUGGUUUUGUAAAACAGUUAUUUAUUGAUAUUCUUCAAUACUGGUUUGAUGUUAGCAGUUUGGUGAUUUUUUUUCAGUAGUAUCUAUAUGGACUAGUCUUUCAUCCCAACCAGUCGGGUGAUAUAUAAAUAUUUAGGGUCUGGCAUCAUAAAUCAAAUUAUUUUUCUGUUAAACAAUUAACUAUCAAAAAGUACAUGCCACCACCUUUUUAUUAUUAUUACUUCAAAUUAUAAACUAUAGUGAUGAAAAGUAAUAAUGAAAUUUUUUAGAUAUAUUGUUCUGAAUUGUUGCCUAAAAUAUUGAUGGACAGAUUAGGAGAAUUUCUUAUAAGUAAGAAAUGACACUGUCAUAAACAUGGCAGUGUUUUAUAAAAAUCUAUGAACCUAAGUCAACUUCUUGAUUGUUUUCUAAUUUGUUAGUUAUAUAUUGUAGCACUAAGCAUCCACAGAAACCUAUUAAUUAGUUUUAAAAAUGAACCACUGAACAACUUGUUACCCAAAGUGCAUAUUUAAUAUAAAAACCCAGCUUGUAUUCAAUACUUCAUUCCUUCUUAUCAAAAUACAGUGAAACAAUGAGUUUAUGCAUCAUCAGUAGAAGUUUCUUUUAGUAGUGUAUAUAAUGACAAGUUCUGUAAAUUCUGUGUGUUGAUGAACUUAGUAAACAGCAACCUAGUAGCAAAUAUAUAUAAAUAAAUUCUUGGUUAGCAAGUGGUGUUUAGCAGUUUAUGUAAUGACAAAUUAUGUAAUUUCUGUGACAUUAGUAAACAGCAAUAUAGUAGCAACUAAAAAAUAUAUAUAUAUAUAUAUAUAUAUAAACUCCAGGUCAUGUAAUGGAUUUUAAGAUUUUUUUUUUCUGAAAUGUAUUUGAAUAGCCUAAUUCAAAUUUAGGUUGGUAAAAGUCUUCAUAUGUACAUGGUUAUAUAUUUGUGUACUAAGUUGUGAUAUGAAUCUCUUAUUUUUAUUUUGGUCUAGAAUAUAGCUUUGUUAGGUGAAUAUGUAUUUCUAUAAUCAGAACUUAAAUAAGGUACAUGUAGUUAGUCUUCGAGCAGCAUCAGUAAUUCACAAACAAUUGGCCAGUAAUUGAGAGAAAGGGGAGAGAACCUAUGGGUUAAUGUACAUUGACAAAUAUCUAAACUCUGGCCUAUGUCUUCUGUCUGAAAGUUGGCUUUCCUUUAGUACUGAGUGUGUUCUACAGUUGAUUAGAAUGUCUUUUGUAUUAUUCUUAUUAUUGUGACUUACUUUGUAUUUAACAGUCUCUAGCUAAAAUUCAGACUUGACAUUCUAUAAUCAUGACCCAUAUAUUUUCUUAGCAGUUAGCCUUUGUAAACGUAAAGAAGUAGUAAUUAGCAAAAUCUUUGAAUUUCUAUUCUUGUACAUACAAACACUAAGUUGAAAUGUUGUCUUAUACAGGAGAUAUGAAACAUCUAUGUUAGAACAAAACAAUAGUUGUUUUCAACAAAGAA